CGCGCGACUUGUAACUUCAUCACUGUCUCAUUUCAUGGACGAUUCACUUUAUUAACUAUAUUUUUAGAUUGCUUUCGGUUCAGAGUCCUAAAAUUGAUUUUAUGCAAGCUCAGGGCAUGAGAUGCCCUCACUGUGAGCAAAAAUGGCAGUGUGCUUUCUCCGACAAGCAGCCAGAUUCUCUACGAGAGGGUGCUGCGUCCUCGUGAGUAGACUGCCCCAUUGUCAUGACAACGUCAGACAGGAUGGAGACAGAAAGUGGCUGUCCAGCAGUGGAUUUGGGCAACAUAAUAACAUCAUCUUGAUAGGAAGUCCGGGUUGUGGGAAGACCACCGUAGGCAGAAUUCUUGCCCAGAGACUGGGUCGACCAGCGGUCGACUUUGACAACGACUAUCUGGAGAGGCGGUGGGGCAUGACAGUGGCAGAAAAGCUCACUGAAGUGGGAGGAGAGAGCUUUGUAGCUGCAGAGGGUGAUGCCUUGUUAAACCUCGACCUGAGAGACAGCGUUCUCUCCCUGAGCGGGUCGGUGCCCAUGCAUCAGCUGGCCAUGCGGCAAGCUGCCAAAUCGGGCGUGGUCGUGUUCCUAGACACAGACUCGCACGACAUCGCUGAUCGCCUGCACAGGAUGAAGGUGGACCGCAUCGUGGGGCAGGCCCCAGGCGUCUCCAUGUUGGACCUGCUGGCAUACAGGCAGCCGUUCUACGAGGGAGCCCACGACAUCAGGAUUGUCUGCGAGAGGUUUCAGAACCCUGACGACGUCAGUGAGAAGGUUCUAAAGGCCCUCAGAGAUUACCAGAAACCCCCCGGAUACAUUUCCACCCGAAGUGACCCGCAGACCAAAGACCCUGCUCCACCUCAUCAGCUGCCCAAUUUUCCCGACGUGGUCUUGCAGGGCCUGGCGAGCGACUCAGGGCUGUACAUUCCCAACAGCGAACCCCCGCAUUUCAGCCAGGGGGAAUGGGCGCGACUCCUCGGGUGCACAUACCAACAGCGAGCGCUGCGAAUACUAGAAAAAUGGAUCCAUGCUAGGGAUUUUCACCCCAGCAAUCUCGCCACUGCCAUCCAGAGGGCAUACUCCCUGGAGAAUUUUCAGAACGAGAGUGUCGUCCCGGUGACUCAUCUCCAAGAUAAUCAGUACAUCAUGGAGGUGUUCCACGGACCCACCGCAUCCUUCAAAGAUGCUGCUUUACAAUUAAUGCCCCAAUUCUUCACAGAGGCUGUGCAGAGAGAGGGUGAAAAAGUAAGGUAUCUGAUAUUGGUCGCAACAUCGGGGGAUACUGGGAGUGCAGUCCUGGAUGGAUUCAGUAAAUUUGCUGGUGAAAGUGGUACUCUGGUGAUGGUCUUGUACCCAGAGAAUGGGAUCAGUGAAGUGCAGAAACUGCUCAUGACAGCUGCAACAGGGGACAACGUCCAUGUCAUCGGUGUUGACAGCGACUUUGACUUCUGCCAAACUGCUAUUAAGGGAAUCUUUGCUGAUGGCGCCCUCGCCGCUGACCUCCUGGCCAAUCAUGGAGUGCGGCUGAGUGCCGCAAACUCCAUCAACUGGGGCCGGCUGGUACCCCAGGUCGUGUACCACGCCUCAGCCUAUCUUGACCUGGUCCAGCAGGGGGUAGUUUCCAUGGGGGAUGAGUGCGAUAUCUGCAUCCCUACUGGCAACUUUGGGAACAUCCUUGGUGCCAUUUAUGCCAAGACAAUGGGCAUCCCUUUCCGUAAGUUCAUCUGUGCCUCCAAUGAAAAUGAUGUUCUGAUGGAGUUCAUCCAGACUGGUUGCUAUGAUCUGCGGCAUCGUCAUUUGCAUGUUACCAUGGCGCCAGCCAUCGACAUCCUGAAGUCUUCCAAUCUGGAAAGGUUUUUAUUCCUCGCUAGUGGUGGUGAUGGUGCAGAGGUCAGACGGUGUUAUGAACAGCUUGCCAGGGAAAAGUACUUCCAGAUCUCUCCAAAGGUACUGGAUAGCAUCCAGAAUGAGUUUGGCCUGACGGGAGACUGCUGUGAGGAGAAGGAGUACGCUGCUUCCAUAAAGAAGACCCUGACCCAAACAGGGUAUUUAAUGGAUCCCCAUACUGCCGUGGCCAAAGUGGUGGCUGACCGGCGCCGACCGAGAGACGUCCCCCUCUUGCUCUGCUCCACAGCCCACUACGGCAAGUUCCCCGUGGACGUUGCCAAAUCCCUGGGUCGCCGCCUUGUCUCCUCAACCGAUAACCCUAGGGAGAGUCUGCGCGACUUGGAGACGGUUGCCUCUCGGCCAGGGGUCCACAGAGAGCUGAGGGCAGUCCUGGAGAGACCAAGGUUGCAUCACAGGACACUGAGAGCUUCACGGGACGAGAUAGUCGAGGAAAUGGUGGACUUUGUUUCUAGUGUAACUCGUUGAAUCAAGUAUACACUCAUAUAUAUUUGUUUCCUCCUGAAAUGUUUUCUUGAGCGUCAUGUCUUUCCAGAACAAAAACAAUAUAGUUUGGGUCCUAUGCUAGUCACAGAAUGUGUGCACAGAGUUUUCAAGUAAGCGAAACAAUACUUGUGCUAAAUCAGUAAAUACCAAAAUUAAAUUACUACCAAAGCUAAAUCAAACACUGCCAAAAUGAAAUCAAUUGAUACCAAUGCUAUUAAAUUAAUCAAUACAAAAGCAAAAUUACUUAACACAAAACAAAAUCAAUCAAUACCAAACAAUUAAUCAAUACCAAACAAAAUUAAUGAAUAUUAAAAUUUAAUUUAGAUUUAAUCAAUACCAAAUUUAGUUAAAAGUAAAAUUGAAUUCAUUAAACAGCAAGUGUAGGUUAUUACCAAAGUUAAUUUUAUCAUUACCUAAGUGAAAUUUACAAUCAUGAAUUCUUCAGUAGUGGGGUCAAAUUAAAAGAAUAUGUAUAUCUAUUGUCUUAAUAAACAACAAAUAUAAAAAAUAAGAAACGAAAAUAAAUUUAAAUGCUGCCGCAAACUAUUUACUGAUAGAAAUGUCCUUGUAGGAUCACUCUCUGCCACUGAAGAAGGCUCGUCCAGAUCUCUUUCUUUUUUUCGACUGGAAUGCAUACAAAAGAGGUGCUACUAGUCACGGUGCCUCAUAAUAAAAGGCACAGGGCACAAAGUGAAGUGUUUGUGUGUGCAGUGUACUCAGCAGAAAGCAUUUUGUUACAACCUUGGAAUGUGACUGCCAGGUGUGUGUGCAAAUAUUGCACUGGCCAAAAUGCCCUGGGUGUGCUUUGGUUGCCCUUUUCCUUUUCUGUAAUCACCACUUUACACAAGUGAAGGGAUUAACAUGGUGGGUAAUAAUGCACAGUGAUGGCCUAAUGGUCUCCAUAAAGCAUUGAUAAACCUGCUUUAUUCUUAAAGCAACUAACAUCACUGGGCAGUAUGGGAUUGUAACUGCAGUACAUGUACCGUGCAUUUCAAGGGAGAUCAUUUUGCCGCCUGUGGAGGGAUAUUUUAAACUAUUUAAAAAUGUGUCAGUAUGGGUCAUGCUGUACCUAAGACGAGCAUCGACACAAAUGUGCUGAGAAGUUAUCCAGCCUGUAAAGAAUUCAAAUUUCUCUUCUGAGAAGGAAAAAAAAAAUUCAUAUUUUUGACCCUGGGAACUGUGAGCUUGACGGUACCUUUUUUUUCACUGCCAAUGCUGAAAUUUGAAUUCAUUGACCUUCAUCCUGGUCAGCGUAUUCUGUGAGGAGACUAUCCUACAGGCAAUGGUAUAUUGUAGUUUUCAAGUCUGUGAAUUCUGCCCUCCCUUUCCAUUUGACAGUGUGCAUGUCAAAUUUGCACAUCGGAACACUUAUUAUGUUAAUCAAUUACUGGAUGGUGACUUACAUGUGGCCCGUCCCCCCCUCCGUUUUUGUCUUCUUUCCCCCUUCCUGUCUUUUUUAGGGUGGGGGAAAAAAGGACAAAACAGCUACUGAUGAGCAACUAUUUGGUCAUCGAGUGCCGUCAGUUUUCCUUUGAUCAAAAAUAUUCUUUAUAAUCCGUUACAAUAUCAAUUGAGCACUUGCCAGGUUUUUUAGAGAUUCGAAGUAAUUUUGGCGAUGUGGAACGGUUACACAGUAUUGUGCGUGGUAGAGUUUCUGACAUCGCCCAACGUGCACAUGUCCUGCCCCACUACCAUUCCGUGGCAUUCACCUUGUAUAUGAGGCCAGUGAACAAAACCAGAAUGGGCGUACAAAGCACUCCGCCAAACCAGAACUAAGGCUCUCCAGUUGGAGGUUGCAUGCUUACACAAUGCGGGUUCACGCCUGAGCGACUUGGAAUUAUUAAGCUGGUGGGUUUGGAAGCGAAGUUUGCAUUCCAGAGAGGGCAUUUCAUUUCUCUCCAUGGGAAUGCCUGGAGUGAAUGUGUUUGUGUGAAGUUUUGACAGGACUUAACUCACUGGAAUAGUGCCAGACCAGUCGGGGGAAUCUAAACUCCGGAGAGUACCCGCAGCGUUAGUGUCAACAGUGCAUGUCUUAACACUGAGCCUGAACCAAAGACUGGGUGGUGAUAGUUCACCCUAAAAAGUUCACCUGUGCUUCCGGCAGUUUGCCAACGUGUGUGUUUGGAUGGUUUUAAAGUGCUGUGUAGCAGAACACCGUUAUAUAUGUGCAGGGUGUGUUUGGAGUACAGAUUUACAUAAUUUUGUUCUGAUGAGAGAGUGAACUGUACAGAGAAGCCUGAACCCACACACCAGGACUGAA